AUGAGAGUAGAAGAAUACAGGCACCAGGUGGGGGGGCACUGCAAAUUGGUAAAACCGAAAGACUCAUCGAAAGUGUACAAACCACUUAUAGAAAAUGAAUACAUUUUCUAUGAGAAAUUAGCGAACUUUGGAGCGUCUUCCGCGGAGUCGGGGCCAUUACACAUUUUGAAAAAAUUCAUCCCCAAAUUUUAUGGAGUGACUGAAAUUGUCGUUGAGUAUUCCUCGUCGUCUGAGAUGGAGGACAAUUUAGUUAACAAACAGAAAAGGAAAAAUGAACCGGGUGGCAGUAAGGGUCGGAAAUAUUUCAGUUUGGAUGAGCAGGAUGAGAAAAACAAUGUCGAGGAGCAACCGUCAAACGAAUCACCUCACGACAAUCCCGAAGAAGGAGAAAAGGACACGAAAAGUAACAGCUGCGCCAAGGGGAAGAAGCGAAAGAAAUGCAUCCCGCACAUCGUGUUGGAAGAUCUCGUGUACGGAUUUAAGCGACCAUGUGUGCUGGACAUCAAAAUGGGCAAAAGACAAAGAAAAAUAGGUGCGUCCUUAGAAAAAAGAAAAAGACAAGUAGAAAAAAGCUUUAAAACAACUAGCCAUUCUCUAGGAUUUAGAUUAUGCGGUUGCCAACAUUACAACAAAGUAAAUGACAAAUUAUUUUAUAAAGAUAAAUAUUGGGGUAGAAAUUUAACAAAGGAAAAUAUCCCAUGGGCAAUUCGAAAUUGGUUCUGGAAUGGUAUCCUACUAUACGAUGAAUUGAUUCCAUUAUUGCUAGAAAAGUUACAUCGAUUUUUUAACUGCAUAAUGGAGUUACGACAUUAUCGCUUUUGGUCUUCUUCCCUUCUUUGGGUUUUCGAUGGAGGACUAACUGACCAAAAAGCGAGAUCAAAUUCGCUAGACAUACGAAUGAUAGAUUUUGCCAAUACCAUUUAUUUACAAGAUAACCCAUCUGUGGAUGAUGAAUAUAUCUUUGGUCUUAAAAACUUAAUUCAUUCCAUGCAGAUCCUAAAUAACACCAUUCAAGGGAUGCAUUUCUUACCCCGACAAAUUAGUACUUGUUUUUACUCGGAAAAUUGUAAACAAAUGGAAAAUUCACAUCGUUCCAUUUUUAAGAAAUCCAAGUCAGCCAUUUUAGAAGACAACUUAAAAAAAAAAAAAAAAAAAAAUCUGUACAUAAAUUUUGAAUUUUUAAAAAAUGCCAAAGCGAGGCGGAAAAGUAGUAACGUUUAUUCGAAUCACAUGACAGAUUCGUUGGCAACCCAGUUGGCAGAUGAUUCCCCAAAAGGGACAAGUGAUGACGGAUUAGCAUUUCAUUACCUUAACAAAUUUAUAGGAAAAAAGAAGAAAAAUAUAUGGAAUCAAGCGCAGUACUUUAGUAACUCCGAUUCACCCAUCGGGAAUCACAUGAGCUUCUCUCCGUAUAGCAAUCCGGUGGGAAGAGUCCACAACAGGGAGGUGUGCUUCAGUGGUUGGUUAGAUGAGGCCCUUCCUGGGAAUGUUACCCACCGAACUGGGGAAAGUACCCAUUUGAAUAUCCCCCUCAUACCACUUACCAGCGUUGACCACAAGGAGGAUGGUCCAACUCCAGGAAAACAUUCGUAUAGAAGCGAUCUCCAGGGGAAGGCGAAUAUAACCACGUUUAAUGAAAGUGUGAACGGGCUUGUGGUAAAUGACGUCCUACCGUUGGAGACACUUCAAAUGGGCGACAACCUAAGGGAUGACCACCACUCGGAAAUGCCCUCCAGCGGGAAGGAGCCCGUUUCCCCAAUAAAUUUGAUCGAUGAUUCCAAACGGGCGCACCCCGUAGAUAAAGAAGAACUUGUAGACCUGUCGAAAAGAACAACUACCACCACUAAACAAAAUGAGACAUCAGAACAAGUGCCAACAAAUAACCCCAUCGAUGAAGCAAAGAUCGUACGAUUCGAAGGGAAGCAAAUGGACUGUGAUCAUGCCAUCACGACUAACCAUGAAACUGAUGGGAGGAAUCGCCAAACAGGAGAAAGCGCAAUCGAGAUGAAUGAGGUAAAAACAAAUUUCUCUUUCAAAAGUAAAGGUAAAAAUUGCCAUCCCAUAAAUCAUACCCAACAAGAAGCAACAAGUGGAGUAACCGAAAAGGGAAAAAUUGCACAAAAUGACGAUUGCCAAAAAUGUGUGAAUAAAUCAGGUGAAAAACAGACUAUUGAUGACAAACUAUCGCACAGCAAUGCCCCGCUACUUCAAACUCGUGAAAAAGAUUCUUCCAUGUUGGGAGAGAGCGAUUUAUUUGGAAAGGGCAACUCAGAGGAGAGAAACGAGAACAAUGUGUAUGAACAAGUAAUACAAGAAGUUAUAGUCAAGACGUUAAAAGUCGCUUCGAGGGGUAAGGAGAGGGAGAAAAUUGCGUCUGUUAGCAUUGCGAAUAAGACUCCUUUGAAUGGGAACUGCACGAAUACGAUCGAAGAUGAAAGGGAAGACGAUGGGUACCGCAACGAGGGUGAGCCAAAGGGACAGGAAAAUGCCUUUACAAAUUUUUGUGAGUCAGGACGGAAAGGCCCACCUUACAAGCACGAGUAUAUUUUGUUAAAUGAAGCGAGUAUAAAUGAGAUCGCACAGAAUGAGGAUGAAAGGAUCUAUGGGAAGGGAAGCGACGAGGAGGUGGAGAAAAAGGAGGAAAACAGAAUCGGAAAAAAUAAUCAGCAGGAAGACAGGGAAAACACUGAACAAAACCUGAAUGAGAGAGGAUCCCACAUCCAGCAAUAUAUGCAAGAGGGCUUAAACCACGGCAUGCUCAAAAAAAGGGAGAGUCCAAUUGGAAGCGCACUUCCGCCUAAACUCCCAAACGAUUCGUUGAUGAGAGAAACAAAAUGGAAUCUUCUCAGGAGAAACGUAAACCUCAAAGUGUUCAUCAAUCAUAUGAUUAAGAAAGAAAUUGAGGAGAAAAAGAAGGUACAAGGGUAUCCGUACCUUUUAGUUAAGGGUAGAAGCGAACUGGACCUCCAAGCCUUGCGCAGGGAGCACAGACCGAGCAAAGUCGGUGGAGCCAGCAGAAUCAGCAGAGACAGUAGAACGAGGGGCGAACUACCCCCUAUACAUAACCCCUACCUCUUGGAAAAGAGCCUCAGCUACAGUUACAGUCACCGCAACACCCGCAGUCACUCCCACGACUGCACCUACAGCUCAGAUUCAGGCCUGAUUUACAACAGAAGCCUGCAACGGCGGGAUCUGAUGAAAAUGCUGAAAAAGGAAGCGAGAAUCACCAGCAAGAGGUGCAGCUCCUGCACAGAUAUACCCUUGACAAUAAAAAAAGGAAAAAAAAAAACCAAAAAAAGAAAAAAUAUAAAAAAAAAACUUUUUAAAAGAAUGAACAUCCUAUCGGGAAUGAAAAAUAACAUAAUCAAAUCACCUCCCAAAAUAAUUUUUUCUAAUAAGACGGUUCCUAAUCAACAUUGUGUAACACCCCCUAUUGAGUACACACCAAAGAGCGAUUCCGUUUGCAGAAUUACAGACGGUUUUAACGUCUUCACGCCAGAGUAUAGAAGCAACCGAUACGUUCACUCCGUCAUCAGCCAGAGGCACAACACACACAUCGGUCGCGCCACAAAUAAUCAAAGAGGUUAUAACCCAUUUCGGGAAAAGAACCUGAUAGUACCCCUAACGGACACGAAUUCCAGUGAGAAGUACCUUCGAAGGUCCCUGUCCGAACCCAACUUGUACAAAUUUGGCUACUUCAGAUGCAUCCUUAACGACUUCAAUGGCACCAAAAUUAAUUACAACAGUUUGGUUGCAAACAGGUUAGAUAAGAUGAGUAAGGUUCCCAUUUACAACCAGAUAUAUGGAUUCACGUCGUCCAAUUCCAGCGAUCUGGAUUCAUCCGAUGGAUCAUGGGGCCACUAA